CUCCCAAGUUUUUGAACCCCCUCUGCAAUCCUAUUUGUUUCCUCCUCCACGAGCUGGAUUAGCUGCACUCGCUCUCCCAGGAUCUGCUUCAUUUACUCCCUCGUUAAAACUGUUUUUUUUUUUUGCUGUUGCUAUUUGUGGGAUGAGGAGAGCAUCCGAACCUGCGCGCUCCAUUUCCUUACGGCCAGGCCUUGACGGCUACUGCUGUUCUCUCAGGCUCGUCUUGAGCUGUGUAAAAUCCUUCGAAAGAUCCCUUUCCCUCCACUUCGCUGGGAGCCCAGAAGCAUUUCUGAUUGAGCUACACAGGUGUGGUUUAACUACGAGCUCAUAUGUGAAGGCGGCGAUGGUUUCACAAGCAGCGUAAUGGGGAGCUUUCCACUGGUGGCAGUUAGCAGAGGAACCCCCGCGCUAAGUUAUUCUAACCCUUCUUCUAGCUCUAUGGCUGCCUCUGGCGACGGCAUGAGUCAGGCAGAGCAGAAACGGCUUCGAGGUUACCCGUAGCAACCAAAGAACGCUUUGGACCUGCUGGGCCGGGGUUUGGGAGGAGCGCCGCGAGGGACCUGUUGAGGCGACCAUGGAGGAGGGCACGACGGUGACGACGACGGAUGCCACCUUCUGCCUACACCAGGUUUCAAUAACAGAAAGCUCUGAAGAUGACUUUCAGUAUGAAGAGGUACCAGGAGACGAUGAAUUUAGUCUGCAAGAUGGUGAUGAAGACCUGGCAAAGGCUUUACACACUAUGCAGGAACAGGCUGUUGAUGCCCAAAUUAUGGCUCAGCGACCAGGCCAGAUUGCUAAGCAUUCCCUGUCUGAAAUGCCAGAAGUUGUAGAUGACUUUCUUUGCAAUUUCCUAAUUAGAAUGGGUAUGAACAGGACAUUAGACUGCUUUCAGACUGAAUGGUACGAACUGAUGCAAAGAGGUGUGCUUGAACCUAAAGACAUUGGAUUUGUUCCAGAUGCGUACACCUGCAAUCAACAUUUGGAGAGGGAAAACAAAUGUUUAAGGAAGGAAAUGGAGAGCUAUAAAUUAGCAGCUAACAAAGCUAAGGAAGCACUGCUAAGAAUGCAGAAAGAACGUGACUUCCACCGAAUGCAUCAUAAGCGAGUGGUCCAGGAAAAGAACAGGCUUAUUAAUGACAUUAAAAGACUGAAGACACAUUAUGCAUCUUAUGAACCCAUGUUAAGGCAACUGAAUGAAAAAUAUGAGAUUCUCCUACGAGAGAAAAUGCUUACAAGCUUAGAAAGAGACAGAGUUGUUGGGCAGAUUACAGGCUUGCAAGCCACUUUACAAAGCUUAGAGUCUGGAAGCACCAUUCAUAUUCCUGUCACUAAAGCAGGUCAUAAGGGUGAAAGAGAGGAUGCAUUAGAGGGACCUUCCCAGAGAGCUCUCAGAGAAGCCAGAGUAUCUUCUGGAGUUAAUCCGUACGAUCCAGCCAAAGAUGUAACAAAGCAGAUGAGCAAGAGAUAUCCAAAGGAUUCAGAAUUUCCUGUAGAUAUUCAAGUGAAUCCUUACCUUGCUCGUGCAAAAGAAUGUGUGCGCCCACUGAAGUCUGGAAUGUAUCGGCUGAGCAACACUUUGAAAGUACAUGACCUGGCAGUGAGCUGCUUGGCUUUACAUCCAAGAAAAGAAAUUGUUGUCACUGGAAGUGAUGACCGCCUGUGGAAAAUGUGGGCCUUUCCUAAUGGGAACAUCAUCAUGAAGGGUGAAGGUCAUACUGAUUGGCUUUCUGGAUGCUGCUUCCAUCCAAGCGGAACAAAAUUGGUCACUUCAAGUGGAGAUACAACAGUUCGGAUAUGGGACUUUGCAAAGGGUGGUUGCAUUCUGACCUUAGAAGGUCACAGCUAUGCAGCAUGGGACUGCUCCUGGCAUUCAUUUGGAGAUUUCGUGGCUUCUGCCUCUAUGGAUAAAACUAGCAAAAUAUGGGACCUAAACAGUGAGAGAUGCAGAUAUACCUUACGUGGCCAUAAGGAUUCAGUAAACAGCAUUGAGUUUCUUCCUUUCUCCAACAUCCUUCUCACCAGCUCUGCAGACAAGACACUGUCUCUUUGGGAUGCCAGAACGGGGCUCUGUGCACAGACCUUCUGUGGUCACAUGCAUUCCUGCAAUCAUGCUACAUUCAACAUGAAGGGUGAUACCAUUGUUUCCUGUGACUCUUAUGGAGUAUUGAAACUGUGGGACAUUCGGAGGGGAGUACCAAUGGUGUCAAUUGAUGCAGGCCCACAUCCAGGCAACCAAGUGGCUUUUGACCCGUCUGGUUGCAUUGUAGCUCUGGCAAGCAACGAUGGAACUGUGAAGACCCUAGAACUCAAAUCGGGUAAUCUUUCCAGCUUGGUGGGCCAUGAAGAUGAAGUUCAAAGCAUCAUAUUUGAUCACAAGGCAGAGCAUCUGGUCUCAGGUGGCUCUGAUGGCACCAUUCGAAUUUGGAACUGAGACAUUUGUUCACUGUUCAGUGAAAUCUCACAGAAAUGUUCCAACAACUUUGCUGUGCAGGUGGCUUAAAUGUAUUUCUAUUAUAUAAAGUAAAGCAAA